GCUUCAUAUCAGUAUUCCAUCAACCGAUCUGGUGAACGUUUAUAAACUAUGUGAAUAAGAUUCGUGAACUUAGCUUUACAACAAAAAAAAAUAAAAUAGUUAAAAACAAUUUUGGUAUAAGUAAAUUAAGUGAAAAUGUUGCGUCAAAUAACUGCCACGCGUUAUCCACAAUUGUCGUUCGUUCAACAAGUACUGCAAAGGCGAAGCUAUCAAAGCAAAAAAGGUGUCUAUGGCUACCGGCCGUUGCCCAAACGCGUCUAUCGAGUUUCCGAUGAAGUUCUACAAUCGAGAAAUGCUCAAGGCAAUGUUUAUCGCUGGGUGGAGGCCUAUCGCAAGCAUGGACACAAAUUGGCAUCCGUCAAUCCUAUUAGCAUUAGAGACCAGCAAAGCAGCACAAUCGAUGAGUUGAAUCCACAAUUUUAUGGGCUUGCGCCAGAGCAGACUGUGCAACCGCAAGGUUUAAUAAGUGGGCCACAGCUGACCGUGGGUGGCGCAAAAACAGUGGCAAGAUUAGCACAAUUGCUGGAAGAAAUUUACUGUGGUGACACAAUUAGCGCGGAAUUUCACUACAUAGAGAGCCUCGAGGAGCGCGAAUGGCUUGCGCAUCAUUUUGAACGACUCGUUGCUGGCCAUCAGCAACAGGAUGCAGAAUUUACAAUUAGCAACGAUGCCCGGCGUCAGAUAGCCGAAUUGCUAAUCAAGUCACAGACGUGGGAUAAUUUUAUGGCGAUAAGAUUCGCGAGCGUUAAACGUUAUGGUGGCGAGGGUGCUGAAAGCCUUUUGGCCUUCUAUUGGCAACUUUUACGCAGCGCCGUGCAAGUUGACAUUAGCGAUUUGGUAGUGGCCAUGCCACAUCGCGGACGCCUGCCACUCCAAACAGUUAUGCUUAAUAUGCGUCCCGCAAAAAUUUUCCACAAACUUAGCGGCGAAUCGGAGUUCCCAGACGAUGCACAAGCGAUGUCCGACACUUUAAGUCAUUUCCAUUCAUCCGAGGACUUGGAGGUGGAGGGCAAAAAGAUACACAUAAGUUUAUUGAGAAAUCCAUCGCAUUUGGAGGCCGUUAAUCCCGUCUCAAUGGGUAAAACUCGCUCAAAACAACAAACACUUCGUGAUGGCGCCUUUAGUGCUGACCCAAUAACGCCAUUUGGUACAACAGUCUUGAAUGUAAUUAUUCACGGCGACGCUGCAUUCGCCGGCCAAGGUGUGAAUCAGGAAUGUCUUAACAUGGCAUAUGUGCCACACUUUGAAGUUGGUGGCAGCGUACAUUUGAUUGUGAAUAAUCAGGUUGGCUUCACGACACCCGGAGAACGCGGUCGUUCUACAGAUUACGCAACUGAUCUGGCCAAGACUAUACAGGCACCCGUUUUUCACGUAAAUGGAGAUAAUCCAGAAAUGGUGACCUUAAUAACUCAUUUGGCAAUGCAAUACCAACGCGAAUUUCGAAAAGAUGUCUUCAUUGAUAUGAAUUGUUUCCGUCGUUGGGGGCAUAACGAAAUGGAUGAUCCAACCUUUACGAAUCCCAGUGUGUACCAGAUCAUACACAAUCGCAAAACUGUGCCGGAUUUGUAUGUGGAAAAGUUGAUACAAUUAAGUGUACUUUCUAAUGAAGAAGCUAAAGCAAUGCGUCAAUCUUAUUGGGAUUACUUAGAUUCGGAGUUGUCGCAGGCAAAGAGUUAUAGACCAGAAGCAAACUAUUUCAAAAAACAGUGGACGGGUUUGACAAGUGCAACAGAAACAAUCACCGUCUGGGAUACCGGACUUGAUUACCAAUUACUUAAUUACAUCGGACAUCAGAGCGUUUAUCAUCCGCCAGAUUUCAACGUACAUCCACAUCUUUUGAAGACGCAUAUUGAGGGACGUCGAAAAAAGCUUGAUAACGGCGAAAAAAUUGAUUGGUCCACUGCGGAGGCAUUGGCCAUCGGCAGUCUAAUGUAUCAGGGUCACCACAUACGAAUAAGUGGUGAGGAUGUGGGGCGUGGUACGUUCUCUCAUCGUCAUAUAAUGUUGGUCGAUCAGAAGACUAACGAAAUGUACAUACCACUUAAUAGUAUGAAAGGCGGACACGGCGGCAAGCUCGAAAUCGCGCAUAGCAUACUGUCCGAAGAAGCAGUACUGGGAUACGAGUAUGGCAUGGCCAUAGACGAUCCUCAAAAGCUGAUCAUUUGGGAAGCACAAUUUGGUGACUUUGCAAAUGGUGCACAAAUCAUGAUCGAUAAUUUUAUUAUAACUGGUGAAACCAAGUGGAUGGACUCAAAUGGUUUGGUGAUAUUGCUACCGCAUGGCUAUGAUGGUGCCGCAUCCGAGCACAGUUCCUGCCGCAUUGAACGAUUUCUACAGCUCUGUGAUUCCAAAGAAACCACACCCGAUGGAGACAAUGUGAAUGUGAAUAUUGUUAAUCCCACUACAUCGGCGCAAUACUUUCAUUUGCUACGUCGCCAGUUGUUGCGUAAUUUCCGCAAACCACUCAUUGUGGUUGCACCGAAAAUAAUGCUGCGUCACCCGGCUGCCACGUCCACGCAUGUCGACUUCCAGUCAGGCACACAUUUCCGCAAUGUGCUAGGUGAUGUUACCGUUAAUGCUGACCAAGUACGUAAAGUCAUCCUUUGCUCGGGCAAGCACUUCUUUGUAUUGGAUGAGGCGCGCAGAACCAAAGGCAUCAACGAUAUCGCCCUGAUACGACUUGAGUCAUUGUGUCCAUUUCCAGCCUACGAAUUACAAGAAGAGUUAGCCAAGUACAAACAGGCGAAGAGCUUUGUGUGGAGUCAGGAGGAGCAUCGCAAUAUGGGCGCUUGGAAUUUUGUACGACCACGCUUUGAAUGCUUAAUUGGCAAGCAGCUUAAUUAUGUUGGCCGUUCUGAAGCAGCCACCACGGCCACCGGCAUUGGCAAAGUGCACAAACGUGAGGCGGACGAGAUAGUGGCUAAUUCUCUUAACUAAGAGAGAUGAGUAAUGUGUAGGGCCAAAUUGAAUUUUUUGUUUUUUUGUACAUUGAGUUUGCAUUUAAAAUAUGUUUUACAUUUUAUAGAUUUUAAUAAAUAUUUUUGAGCGUAUGAUUAAGAACAGUUUUUGGUAUGGUUAAAAUGUAUCUGAUUUACUCUGUCGAUUUUUAUUCUGCUAAGUAAUUUAAAA